ACUUGACAAAAAGAAAAUAUGACAAAAAAUAUCACGCAAACUCAAGUAAUGAUAACAAUAAUGAUAGUAAUAAUAUAAAUGAGUAAAUAGAUGAACAAUAAGCAUAAAAAUUAGAAAACACACACAAAAAAAAAAUCAAAUUAGAACAGUGAAGAAAAAUAUAUAAGUAAAAGCAAAGCAAAUAGACACUAAAAACACGAAAUAAAUAAGAAAAAAAAAAAGUGAAACAGGAGAAGCAAUUAAAAACAGAAGGUACCUGAGCUCACCUGAUUGAGUCACCUGGAAGAGGCAAUAACCUGGCUGAGACACCGACAGACUUCACCAAACACCACACCACCACACACCUACCUGCCCUCCAGCCACACCAGUCCCGCUCACACAGGCGACGAGGCGGAAGAAGAGGCGGCGGUUGUGGUGGUGGUGGUGGAGGUGGUGGUGGAGGAAAAACAAUGGAGAACAGAGAUGAGAACGGCAGACUGAGGUUGCCACGAGAGGACUUCAUUCCUUUCCAGCGUGUCCUCCACAGAACACACCGCAGCACUCGCAAGCCACCAGAGGACGUGACCAGCAGCUUAGGCCGUCUAUCUCUCCACCGGCGUAAGGAGAGGAGUGACAGCCUCCCGGAGAAGCGAGCCAACUACAGGAGGAACGGAGACGCAGUAGGAGACGCUGCAGAAGGGAGAGGAGCAGGUCAUUCGAACAAGGGUAAUUUCGUGCCCUUCCAGCGGGUACUGCACAGACGAAGGAAGAACUCUCUGCCACAAGCCUCGCCUUUACCUGAGCCACGCCGCUACAGGGACCGCCUUGAUUGGGAACACCAGAAACCACAUGCGCUGAUCUUCGACCCUCACCACAAACAGGACGCUAGACGGAGACAACACAGGCCAAGGAAAAACGAUUCACAUCUCAACAACCUCUUCGAGAACCACCGCGCGGAGGAACAUAACGGAGAGGUGGAAGACGGCGGUGUGGAGUCCCCCAGAGGAAUAGGAACAGGGCAUUCUGAUGGGGGAUCUGAUGCUGCUUCUAUCGCCUCUGUUAAGCUUCCUCAGAUCCACGGCUCCCCUCCUAAUGCGCCAGAAAGUGCUCGAUCAGGUAGGACCUCUGAGCUGGCUACCGCGUCCUCCUCCGCGUUAACCACAAGACUGGAACCUCUCGACUCCUAGCCUCCGUCGCCACCUUCGUCUGUGGUUUUGUGACUUUUUUUUCCAAUUUUGCCGUCCUAAAACUGUGAUUCUUUCCAGUUUCUCCUCCUUCAUUGCCUUCUUCGGUGUAGUUCUCUAGUUUCGUCUUCGUCUCCGUCUCCCGCCUGCUUCAAAAUGUGAUUCUAGAAGAUUUCUCCCAAGUCGUAGCCACAAAACCCACGAUUCUUUUUAGUUUCUCCUUCAUCGCUUUCAAUUUUAACGUCUUUAUUUUCCUAACUGUGUUUCUCUAGUUUUUUUUUUUUUUUUUUUGUCAACACUGGAAAAUCACUCAAGUUCAUCCUUCAACGCCUCCUUCGCCAUCACCUCCGAACACUAACUCUCCUUAACUCCGCCAAAAACCAAACGCAUCUCACUCCCUAACAGGCUCCUACCUUACCACUGAGCCUCUGCGUGAAGGUCAAUGCCCCAGCACGCCUCCUGAAGGGCUUGGCAGGGCUUCAUUUCCCCACCCCCUACCCUCUGAGCCCAAGACACGGAAUCUCAAGACCUCCUAACACUAUCACGCCGGUGUCUUGUAUAAUUUACUACCGCAGAUACGUAUCUCAUAAUUGCUCUGACGAAGGGGUGAAGGAGGCGGAAGAGGCUAACGAGAGAGUGAAGGAGAGCUAGCGGGAAGUGUAGGAGACUAAAGUGAAGGAGAACAUGUAGAAGACGUUGAGAAUUAAGGGGUAUAGGAAGAAUAGAUGAAGGAGAGAGAUGAAGGAAGGAAACAAGAGGCGCAAGGAAUAAUAGGAAUGAAGGAGGUAGGAAGAAUUGGAUGGAGAGGGAUGAAGGAAGGAAACAGAGGCGCAAGGAAGAAUAGGAGUGUAGGAGGAUGGAUAUAGGAAACAGGUGAAGGACGAGGAGGAAAGAAGGAGGAUAAGGAAGAAGUGAAGGAGGCAAUAAAGAGACGAAGAAUGGAUAGGAAAGCGGUGAAGGACGAGGAGGAAAGAAAGAGGAUAAGGAAGAAGUGAAAAAGACAAUAAAGGAACGGAGAAUGGAUAUGAAAUGAUAAAGGACGAGGAGGAAUGAAGGAGGGUAAGGAAGAAGUGAAGGAGGAUUUAUAAAAGGAAGGAUAACAGAUAACAAGCCUUACUCUUCCAGCCUGUUCCCACUGGUACACUUUUAUCAUCGUCCCAUCGCCGUGUUGGUCCCAGGAGAGUGAUACGAUACCCCCCCUUCGCCCUCAGACACACUCGUUCACCCUCGGGCCCCGUCAAUACUCCCCACUCCCCCCCUUCCCGCACCUCUGACCGGGAAGGGAAGGACGAGAAGGGGAGUUAUGAAAGAAAUGGCUACAAGGUUCAAGGUUCAGAAAUUAUCGUGUUUUUUUUUUCUCU